CUCGUUUUGAAGGGCUUUCCUCGAGCUCACGCGCUUGUCUGUUUUCGCCCUCCAUGCUGGACCGGGUGUCGUCUGCUGGUAGUAUCGUGAUGGCGUAGAGAAGAAGACAAAAUGUCCGGCACGCAACUGCUACAGGUUCGCCUGUUCCGAGACUCCUUCAACACACCCUGGGGCUUCCGUCUUCAGGGGGGCAGGGACUUGAACCAGCCCCUCUCCGUCCAGAGGGUGUUCUCAAACAGUCCAGCUGAAGGGGAACUGCAACGCGGCGACGUCAUCGUUCAGAUCGGAGGGAAAGCUGGCGCGGACCUGACUCACAAACAAGCACAGGACUGUAUCAAGUUUGGUGGAGGACAGAUCCAGUUGGUAAUUAACAGACCAGCUCCAGGUCGUAUUCAUAAUCAACCUUCACCAGCACCUCAGGUAAUUCGCACCCAGCAACCGAAAGCACCAACGAUCAACAAAACCAUGCCACAAAAGGCACCAGCGCCGUCAGGCUUCCAGCCGAAGAAGGUUACACUGAGCAAGCUCGGCGGAGGCGGACCGGAUUUCGGCACAGACUACACUCACCCGCAGAGCCUGGCCCCGCAGAGACAGUCGUCCAGACCUCUAGGACCCCAGAGCCAGAUGUUGAACAAGGUCCAGGAGACCUUGGACCACAUCGUCCUGUCGCCACGUACUCCAGAAUCUUAUCAGCAGCAACCGUCAUUUUUCAGCCCACCUCCUCAACAAGCCCCUCCUGCAUCAGGUCAGGCUUUCCGUCCUCCCCAGACAACCUCUUUCCAACCUAACAUGUCAUACGCUUCCCCUACCCCACAAAACCCGCCCUAUCAACCCACGUUUCAGGUUCUGGCUCAAUACGAGGCCCAGGAAGAGGAGGAGGAGUUUGUCCCGGUCUGGGAAAGGAGGAAAGCUUUUAUGAAAGACCCACCUCGACCGCCAAAGUUCCGACCCCGGAAACCCGUCGUACAGCAACCGAAGCCGACCCCGAAGGUGCCGAAACCGUUCGGAAAGCAUCCCGACGCUUGCAAGUUCGGAAUCGACUACUCCCAGGUCCCGAGAACAUCGCAGGCCACGUGGACGCCCCAGCCUGCGAGACCGCUGUCCCAGGAGAUCGUGCAGUGUGAGCCGACCGGCUACACGGUAAACGAUGAGAAACCCGCGUGGCGCGAGACGCUUCGAGCCAGCGGCGUCAGGCCGUGGGACAUGGAUCUCGACUACAACUACAUGAAGCCCGAAGUCAGUGAGUCCGCGCCAAGACAAGGUCCGGAGAAACCGCAGCGGAACCCGGCGAGUGCCGGGGGUGGUCCUGUAGCUCCGCCGCUGCUGUCCCCGGACGCCCCCAAAGUGGUCCACCUGCAGUAUAACUCACCUAUAAGUCUGUAUUCGGACCAGAACAUACAGGAGACGUUCAGAGGUCAAACCCAGGCAAUAGUGGCUCAAGCUGCACCUCAGCAGCAGCAGCAGCAGCAGCAGCAGCAGCAGCAGCAGGUGCAGCAGCCACAGAAACCAGCGCAGGCCCCAAAACCAGGCGACCGUGACUGGAAUCAGUCGGCCGUGUAUCGCAUGAUCCACGAGGAGAAGACGAGGACCACGACGACGUAUAUGCCACAACAGCAACAACAUCAACAACAGCAACCACAGCAACAGCACUAUCAGCCAGCGGCACCGCCAGCGCCGCGACCACAACAACAGAGUUACCAACCAGCUGCUACGCAGCCCAGCUACAAUAUGGCGGGUUUGGAUGACGAACUCGGCGUGUCUGAUUUUUGAGCAACGCGCUGUAACUUUUGAAGUGCUGUAUAAAAAAUAUAAAUAACAACAUUCAUAAAUAUGGCGUACGAGUCUGAUAAAACUGCUGUACAAGUUUUACGAUAAUAACCUUUGAUUACGAACUGAAAAUAUGUAGAGCUGGAGAAAAGUGACCCGAACAAAACUGCUUUCGGAAAUCAUCGGGUGUGUUCGUGAUCUGGAAUGUUCAUUAAUAUGCGUCUACGAACAUUUCCGACGCUUUCCGAUUGACAAUUUUUGUUAUUUCACAGGGCCUGCUAUAGAGUUAACUACUCUGUUUUGUUUUUAUGAAUUAUGCUUGGUGUUUCUUGUAACUUAUUUUUCCUUAAUUUAAUAAGUUAUUUCUUGGGCCGAGGACGCGAAAACUGUGCAAUAUUGUUAGGUUGGUAAAUUCCUACAUUAUAGUGUUGUCCUCAGACAUACCUGUUUUGUCGUCUGUAUUUCGAAUGUUUCGAGUUUAAGAAGUUUGUAAGAAAGUUGGGUUUAUUAAUAUCCACUGUUUUCUGCAAUUUCGUGUUCUUUUAUAUUUUGUAGAUUACGAGGUAAUAAAAACAGAAUUUCUAGUCAUCCAUGUAAAAUAUUCUUGUAUUUACAUAUUGAAAAUACAGUGCAAUGUAUAAACAUGAUAUUAAAAUACAUUUUCUAAAUAUACAAGACACAAAUUUUAUCUCUAUUUUCUGAGAGGUUUUCUUCUUCUUUUUUUUUUUUACACCAAAUACAACGAACUUUCCAUCCAUGCAUUCCUAAUCCACUGGAAAGAAAUUGAAAAUUGAUAUAAUUUUUUGAAGAACACGAAAUGUAUAAAGGAAUGUUAUCAUCAACUGAAUAUGUCUGGCUAAUGAGUGACGUACACCAGUGCAUACGUAAUUAAUGUUAGUUUGUGUAAAUCUGUAAUUGAAACUCAAACUAGUUUUAACUAAAUGAAGCAUAUGUUAAAAAAAUCAAAUAAAAAAUAUUUAUCACGGAAUUAAAAAAACAAAAUGCAAUUAACGUUUAGUGUUGCUGCGGGACAGGCAUUUAUCAAUUCCUGUUUUGCCACAAUCAGAAUUUAUAACUAAAGGGUGACAACUCGUUUCUUAGCAAGCGUUGUCAUAACUGUGCACGCUUAUUCGCUCACAAUGGGUGUAUUAAAAAGUUAAAACAAAUGCUUAUGGCGCCCAUUUGUACAGAAAGAAAAGAGAAAGGAAAGAGAAAGAAUUAGAAGCGAAUCUACACUGACAUUUGCUGAUUCAGAGAAUUGAGAUACUAAGAGUUCCAGUUUGCUAACUAACUUUGUAUAACGCUUCGAGCAUCUCUGCAUGCUGAGACGUCAUGUUAAAUCUAGUGUUUCCUCUUUAUAUAUAUGACAUGUACAUUUGUGUUUCGACGUUUGGAGUGUUCACCAUGUAGAUAUUUAGAAGAAAAAAACAACAUUAUUAAGAUGGGUGCUUCGUUUGGUGUUUCUUUGUUUCCAAUUAAAUAUUGAGUGAAAACUAUGAUUAACUGUUGUUUACUAUUAUUAUACUGUGUCGAGGUUGCGGAGGAAUACCCACAAACAGAGAGAGAGCAUGCUUAUGACUAAAGCGAGGUUUGUAGAACCUCUUUCGCUGUAUUGUAUGUCAACCUUCACCAAAUAAACUGUGAUCAAUGA